UGCCGUCUAGUCUCCACGCGUGCUCAGUGAGAGAGAAGCUAGACCGCUGUGCUCGCGCCCGGGCGGCCGGGCCUCUGCUUUGGUGGGAAAGGCAGACGGAGCAGAAAGAGAAGGUAGUCAUAGCAUUUAAGCUAAAUGAUGACAACCUUAAAGAACAAAGAAGGUGGGAAGGGGCCAAAGAAGGCCUUUACCCCACCUGGACAGAAAACCUGCACUGUGAUCCCUUGCUCUCUGGAUGCCCCUGACAAUGAGGAAACUCAAGGGAUCGGACUCCUUGGAGUGAAUACCAGUCAAGACCAGCCAAAAGACAAGACACAGAAGAAGAAAAAGGAGAAAGUCACAAGAAAGAGUUCAGGAAAUGACAAGGAGGGGAAGGGGCCCCUAGCUACCAAGACUGGCAAAGAACAAGACACUAAAGGAAAUGAGAGGAAAACAGAAAAGGAGACCACAAAUCUCACCAGUGAACAAUUUGAGGAGAUUGUCCAGUGUGUGCUUAAGAAGUCCCUGCAGGACUGCCUGGAUAUGACCUGUGAGACUUCAUGUGCUCAACGCAUUGAAUAUUCCCCAGGGACAAAGGAGACAAGUACUGCUACUACUGAGGUGGAUAGGAAGCUGCUGGGGAUACCUUAUUCCCCUGCUAUCCCUGUCUCUAAAGAAGAGAAGAUUGUUGCUGGGACCCAGUCACCCAAAUCAGAUCCUUUACCCUCUGAGAAGAAACAGAACAAACUUUCCUUGAGCAAGAAAAGAAUAGAAGCAAAAGAUGAGAAACCUGAGUUAACCAAAAGUGGUCAUAAGCACAGACGGAAGGGCCAACCAAAGAAAAUAGUGCAAGGCUACACCCAGAUCAGUGAUCAGGAAGAAGCUGGGGGAGAACGGACAAGCAAUUUCAGUCAGUGUAUAGCCUGGGCGCAAUGCUCCUUCCCCAAGUGUGAAAAGUGGAGACGACUCCAUGGGAACAUUGACCCCUCAGUCCUGCCAGAUGACUGGUCAUGUAGUCAAAAUACAGAUUUGCAGUUUAACCAUUGUGACAUUCCUGAGGAAACCUGGUCAGGGGGUGAGAGCGAUGUGGUUUAUGCCUCCUACAUCCCAGGAUCCAUCAUCUGGGCCAAGCAGUAUGGUUACCCCUGGUGGCCUGGAAUGGUAGAAUCAGAUCCUGAUCUGGGAGAGUAUUUCCUCUUUGCUUCUCAACAAGAUGUCCUGCCUUCCAAGUACCAUGUGACAUUUUUUGGGGACACUGCUUCUCGAGCCUGGAUCCCUUCCAACAUGUUGAAGAACUUCCAGGAGCUGUCCCUGGAACAGAUUGAACCGAAAAAGAUCAAGAACAAAGACUGUAGCCAGAAGCUGAUGGCAGCCCUAGUGAUGGCUCGAGAGGCCCAGCAGAUCAGUAUUCAGGAUCGAGUUAGCUUGUUUGGUUUCCACACCCGCUAUAAGGAGAAUGCAGCAGAGUCUGGGAGCAGUGAGGAGGGAGGAGACUUAUUUUUCCAAGAAGCUAGAAAGCCUCAAAGGGCUGGAAGCUCAAAUUCUUGUAUUUCAAAGGAAGAAAACAAGGAACCCAGUUCAACUAAUUACAAUCCAGCACACACCUCCAAGGAGAAACUCAAACUAAAAGAUGAGCAAGAUGAGACACCUAGAAGGAAGAGAAAUAAGACGUCCCCUUCACAAGACAGCACCUCCGUGGAGAGAAAAGGAGACAGUGAGAAUUCACAGUCUGACCAGCCAGGCCUUAAGAAAAAAUUUACAACUCCCCAAAGAAAGACCACAGUGACCGAACUGCCUGGGAGAGGAGGAGAUAGAGCUCCCCAAAACCAGACCCCACCAGCCCAAAGUCCAGCCUGGCCUCUGGUGGAGGCAGGAAAAAAGAGUGAUCCCCAGGGCUCACUGGUACUGAUGUCCAAGAACCCUCUCCCUGAGAAUAAGGCCUCCAGUGACCUGAAGCUAGAACAGCUCAUGGAAGAAGUUAGAGGAGGGGUUAACUCAAAGGGGGAGCAUCAGGCUCCCGUAGAAGAGGAGAAUGAGAUCUCUUUGGUUUUAUCUGAGGAAUAGUUGUGUGUAACUUCAUCUCUCAUUCUUCCCUCCCUCCUCAGCAACUCUCUAACUCUUUUUCAGUGUGUUGGAGGUGAAGUGAAAUCCUCUAGCAGAUGUUAUUGAAAAAGUUUAUAUUUGUUAAUGUUGUUUGUUUGUUUAACUCCAAUUUGAGCAAUAAUAAAGCAAGUUACUGAUUUAACUGGCAA